AUGUCCAUAUUGAUAACAUCUUAUAUUUAUAUAAGUGGUGCAGAUUUUAGUGCUGGCUACUAUGAGGCUUUGACCUUUGCUGCAAUUGUUAUAGUUAUCUCGAUAGUAUAUCAGACUAAACAAAUUCAGCGAUAUCUUUCGGGUUCAAAGACAUCUACCCUUCCCGAUUUACCUCAACGAAGAGAUAAAAAUGAAUCCAAUAUUUAUGCACAAGGAAUAAGUCAAUCUAGUGUUGCUAUCUCUCCUGCCACUAAAAUUCAUCUUGCUCCAACCAUAUAUGUUUAUAAGUUCUGGAAUUUUGUUAUUCAUGUUAUUGGGGUUGGCGAUAUGUCAAUUGGUGAAAUAAUUAUCUUUUGCUUGUACAUAAGUAUAAACAUUAUUUUUUUGGUGAUACCUUUGGGUGGAUCUGGUAUUCCUUCACAACCAAACAUUCGGGCUGCUUACGUUGCUUUGGGAAAUGCUGCUUUCAUAUAUCCCUUGGCUACUAGAAACUCUGUCUUCAUCAAACUCAUUGGUGUUCCUUUUGAACGUAUGAUCAGAUUUCAUCGUUGGGUUGGAAGGACAAUUUUUAUCCUCCUUUCAUUUCAUGCUUCUUACCAAAUUCAAGUUGCUGGCUCUCUUACACAAGUUUUUAAAGGCAGUGUCACUUUAUACGUAUUCUACUGGUCACAUUUCUUUUUUCUCUUCUUUUUCAUUUUCGGUUGUCUUCAUCAACAACAAUUCGUCGUCUUUACCAUAUAUGGCUUCGUACUUUAUAUCAUUGAUCGUCUCAUUCGUUUCAUUACUGGAUUUAAAGCUGUUGAAAUGGUAUCAAUUGAAGCACUUUCGGCCAAUGUCACUCGUAUAGCCUUUAAUUACAGAUCAUAUUAUGAAGCUGGACAAUACAUGUUUGUAAACUUUCCGAAUCUCAAUGCACCAGUAUCUUUAAUUGCAUGGCAUCCUGUAUCUUUCUCUUCGGCGCCUGCAGUAGAUGAUAUAAAUCCUGAUACCAUACAUAUGAAAGUUCAAGGAUCAUUUACACGUCGAUUAUUCGCUAAAUCACAGGAAGGGAUGUAUAAUGCCCCUCUGAAAAUGAAAGUUGAUGGUCCAUAUGGAAAACCAAGUCUUGACUUUUUAAGUUACCGAACUGUUAUGUUGGUUGCUGGUGGUAUUGGUAUUACUCCAAUGAUUAGUAUAUUAAGAGAUUUAGUAGAUCGUCAAAUUUCAAACAUGCCAAUUAUGACUCAGUCCAUUUAUUUCUUAUGGACAGUACCUGACACCAAUUCUUAUUCAUGGUUUGGAAACGAAUUAACUGAGAUUCAAGAUAGAUUCACCAAAAGAUUACCAGAAUCAAAAUAUCUACUUGACAUCAAAAUAUUCCUUACAAGGUCGACAACAACACCAUCAUCUGUAUUCUUCCAAGGUCGACCAAACUUUGUAACGAUGAUGCAAGAUCUAAAGCAAUUUCAUGGUACUGGUGAUAUUGCUGUAGGAGUAUGUGGACCAGCUUUAAUGCUGAAAGAAGUGAGAUCUGCUGCG